AUUAUAAUUCAGAUUGUGUGCCCGGCACAUUGUUUAAUAUUUCUAGUGUUAGCCAAAUCCACAGACAUAGAUUCAUUUUAUGGAAAGGUCCAGUACCCCUACUAAUGGAAAGUAUGGCAGCUCCACACCCGAGAUAAUUUUUUGGAAUUUUCACUGCACAUUUGAUAAAAUGGGUGUGUCUCGAAAAUAUUGGGCGUGAUCAGAAUAAAUCAAAGAGUUUGGUCAUCUUCCAUUUGAUGAUAAAAUGAUAAGUGAGAGUUUGGUGAUAAAAUGAUUAAAAAGACAGUUUCUUAACAGAAGAGAUAUUCACGUCAUGAAGUGAAGUUUUAAAAGUUUUGUACAUGCAGUGCUCAAACUAAAUGAAACCAACUCUUGUGAUGUUCUUAAAGGGGGUUGAAUAGAUAGAGGACUUUUUUGUAUACAUUGAAAUCCCAAAUAACGAACUCUAUCUAAAAGGAACCAGAAAAUAGUUUGUUAUAUCAGGACUUUGUUGAACCGGUCUUCUCAUAGUUUUUCACAUACACAAAACCUGCGAAUGGCUUGCUUAGUCCAUCUCUAACUUCUGUGCACAAUUAACUCCAAAAAACCAAGCUAGGCGCACAAGUAAGUCUUUACAUGGGCUGUAUUUAAUGCAUUUAAUCUUAUUAUCAUCACACCCAUUAAGAGACCCACUAAAUGUGCAUGUUUCUCUUGUUUGACAACAAAUGCUAAAGAGAGUGACAACAAAUGGGGGGCCUUAAUAGAGAGUGGGGGCUUAUUAUAAGUUUUUGAUUGAUAAGGAGGGGCUUAAUAGAAGAGCUUUUACAGUAUUAGAUUUAUAGCUACUUUUUAUUCAGACUCAUCCCUGAGCUGAAUCAGCAUCAGAUCCAACAGGCAGGAAAGAGAAGCAUCACACAAAAAAGAUCUGAUUUGUGUUAAUUAACUCUUGCAGAUUUUUUAGAUUUUUUUUACCUUGUAUUGACCAUUACCUUAUUCAAAGGGGGCUUAUUUGAAGGUGGGAGCCUAAUCAAAGAUAAAGGGAAGCAAGUUUGGACUUCAGCCUUUGUGGUCAGUAGAGUACAUAAAAAAUGCAAAUGAAUGAAGCCUUCAAGGUGUCAAUGUGUGUUGUUAUUACUCAUAUUGGUGAAUCUUGCAAUUCUUGCUUAUUUCAUUAAUAACAACAAAUCAUGGCCUAAAGUAGAACAAGAGUUUCAAAAAUCAAGCAAUGAUGUGGAUAAGACAAUUACUGUUGUGAUAUAUGACUUUGAGCAUUUUGAAAAUGAUAUCAGAAACACAGUGAAAUCUUUUUUGGCAUUUCACCCAGCUAUCAAUAUCAUUGUUGUAUCCGAUGAAUUGCCUUAUCCACCAAUUGAUCUCCCGGCUGGCAAUUCCAAGCUUGUUGUCCUGAAUGUGCCUCCUUACUCAGCUGCAGCGGAAGGACGACCCUUGACUCACAUCAGAACAGAGUACACAUUGUUUGUGCCAGAUAGCUUUCACCUUAGAGAUGAAUCUGGCCUCGUGCGAAUGCUUGAUUCUCUGGUCAGUACUGAAAGUCGUUCACCUAUAGUUGCGGCUGGUGCACAGGGGCAGAACGAACAAGUUCCAGAAUGUAACAAGUUAACCUUCGACUACAGACGAUGGACUUUGAAGUAUUCGGAUCAUCAAGAAAAACCGCCAGUUGAGAAAGACAGCAAUACAUGUGAAUCGGUCGAUGGAAAAGUUGCUGUUCUUAUGCGAACCUCAAAGCUACAAAAGUUCGCGUCGUUGUUCGUACGACCAUUUCUAAAAGGUUUAUUUAUCCAGGCUGUUCUAAGAAAUUGGAAGGUCAAGCUUCUAAAGGAGAACUCUUCAUUUUUUCAACGCAAGCGACUCUUUGCUACAGAUCAUAACAGAUGGAAGCAUGAAAAUUACGUCAAGCGUCACAACAAAGAUCUUUUUAGAAGGUUUGGAAUAAAGAGAGUUAUUAAAAAGGAUCUGUCUGAGGAAUGGUAUGGAUGUACCAAGGACACCCAGAGAUGUUUUGGAACAAUAAUUAACGAUGUUGCUGCAUUUAUCUAUAAAGGCAGAUGGACACCUCCCUGCUGUCUACAGAACCUUAGGGAAACUACUAAACAUGUUCUGAAUAUUUUUGAAGUCUACAAUAUUCCUUAUUGGCUGGAGGGUGGCAGUCUUUUAGGAGCUGCUCGAAGUGGCGACAUUAUACCAUGGGACUACGACGUGGACAUUGGAAUGUACCGAAAAGAUAUUUCAAAAAUACCAAAUUUAAAAAAGGCCGAAGAAGGAAAGAAGGUUGUUGACGAAUACGGUUUCGUUUGGGAGAAGAGCAGAGAAGGGGAUUUCUAUAGGGUGCAGUUCAGUGUGAAUAACCAUAUGCAUGUUGAUAUCUUUCCAUUUUACGAAAAAAACGGAAUCAUGACAAAAGAUACAUGGUUUAAGACUCACAGACAAGACACUGAAUUCCCCGCGAAGUAUUUGCAACCGUUAGAGCGAAUGCGUUUCGUGGGUAUGGAUGUUCUGGUGCCGAAUAAUUACAGAAAGUUCUUGGAGUUCAAGUUUGGUCAAGGAGUUAUUGAAAACCCAAAGUAUCCGGAUUCUAGAAAGGUUUAGGUUGAUACGAACUGAUGUUACCAAAGUUGACUCUCAACCCGAUGAAACAUCGUUGUACAAGGACCCAAGUGCGUCUUUGAAUUGUACUAGCUCUUGCUCUAUCUUUGCUGAAAUGAAUAAAUGACAUGAUUUUCAUACACAACAAGACCCCUGGGAAAAGUUCUAAAUACAUCUUAUAGAAAAUUAUAAGUUUUCUUUUUCAAAAUAAAAAAGUUGAAGCCCCUGCCCCAGAACAUUUUGCAACGAAGUAUGGGAUAGGGUCGUAUUGCACAAACAUGACUGAUUUCAAAGUUGUUGCCAGGCAGCAUUUUGAGGAGGGAGAGAAGAAUACCACUGGAACUGUGUACAAAUAUAUGGUAGUUUACUGUGUACUCUGACAUACAUUGUAAUUCUUAAGUUUUGUCAUGUUAUAUUUCACUAUAUUCUUAAAAAUUCUCGAAUUUUUUUAUGAUGGCAUAUUGAUGGCAAUUGAAAGAAUUGCUCCAAGCAUGUAUGAUGCUUUACACUGUGUGGGAAUAGUAUAAAAAUUUCGAACAUUAUUAAGAUGUGAAUGUAUGAAAACUUAGGUCUUCUCCUUCUUGUAUCUUGCCAGCUUUGAGCUAAACCCUUGUUUGUGCCGUUCUGCAAAGUCAAAACGGACGUUUCCCGUGGUUUCUAAGCAUUGAUCAUAGUUUCAUUUUAAUGUCUUCCACUUUCUUUCGUCAGCACUUUAAACAUCCUUCUUAACCAAUAAUCUAGUUGAUGAUUCUGAUUAUAAUGUGAAUGAUUCAUGUUCGUACUUAUCCUGUCCAAUGUUGUGUAUAAAUCUUGCAGUUUCUCUUGCAUUAUGUUGCCUGUCGUGCUGUAACUUUGAAACAGGGAUCUUUCUAAUGCUGAAUUGCAUUUCUCCAAAAGCAACUCCAUCGUUUUCUUAAACUCUGUAGGUAGAAAUAUUAAACACUUUUCACGAAAGUUCUUAACUUUUGUGUUAUAUUUGUUUCUACAUCUAAGUAUUAAUUGAGAUUAGUGAUAUGAUGCACUGAACGUACAAGAUGGUAGCUGAUUUGACGAUUUGUUGAUCUAAAAAGCAAGCACUAAUUAGGCCACAUCAAAUACUUAUUUGGCCAUAAUCGACAAAACUUGAAACUCGUGCCGAGAAUAAUGGCAAUGUUCAUCUUUUUCGCUAUAAUUGUCCUAAUUCGCUAUAAUUUUCGCUAUAUAACUGUUUUUCCCCUCCACAUGGGUCAUAUACCAUUGAUCAAAAUACCUGGUGGAGAUUUUCAAGAAAAGUUUAUUUUUUCUCUGCCGAUUGAAAAGUAACAUUUCCCACACCUGUUUCAAAUAAAAAAUGAACUUCUAAUCCAACAUUGAUUAGAGAGGAGUUAAUAUUUAUAAGGGCGACUUAAAGAAGAUAUUUUGGAAUAUUGUAUUGUAUUCAAUAUUUUUUUCUGGUAUUUUGGAAAUUAAUCUAAGUCUUGCCUGGGACGGUAGGAUAUGAAAGUGACUUUUGAGGCAUCUAUGUUUCUUAUUGAUGCUGUUGUCUAGACAUUGACUUGGCAUUGUUGUAUAAUGUCUACUAGAUGUUUGCCUUAGAACUAUAUUAUUCUAAAGUCAAUCGAUUAAAUUCUUAUUAUUUAAUUUAAUUUUAAUAUGUACGCCAAUUUUUUCUUGGUACAGCGAAGGUUAUGUUUAUAGGCAAAAGUAUAUAGUUUAUAGGCAUACUUCAAAUCUUGAAUUAUGACAUGAUAAUUACACAACUAUGAAUAAAAACGGCGUCUUGAAAAUUACCUGUCAA